AAUUUCCCAUUUCGAAUUCCAUAUAAAACGCGCCAAGAGAUCCCAAAAAGCCCGAAAUCGAGAUUUAGGGUUUUAGAGAGAAAAAUACGAAAAUGGGGAGCGGCGGCGGUACGUGAACCCGCGGUGCUACAUGGACAUCAGCAUCGGCGGCGAGAUGGAGGGCAGGAUCGUCAUCGAGCUCUUCGCCGACGUCACGCCGAAGACGGCGGAGAAUUUUAGGGCUCUUUGCACCGGCGAGAAGGGGAUCGGAGCUUGCACCGGAGUCCCUCUUCACUUUAAGGGCUCUCGAUUUCAUCGUGUUAUUAAAGGCUUCAUGUUACAAGGUGGAGACAUAUCUGCAGGCGAUGGAACUGGAGGAGAGUCCAUAUAUGGAUCAAAGUUUGAGGAUGAGAAUUUUGAAAUUAAACAUGAGAAGAAAGGAAUGCUGUCGAUGGCUAAUUCUGGUCCUGACUCAAAUGGGUCUCAGUUCUUCAUUACUACUACUCGAACCCCUCAUUUAGAUGGAAAACAUGUUGUAUUUGGGAAGGUGCUGAAAGGUAUGGGAGUUGUUAGGUCAAUUGAGCAUACACCUGUUGGAGAUGGUGAUUGUCCCUCUGUCGAUGUUAUAAUUGCGGAAUGUGGGGAACUUCCUGAAGGGAGCGAUGAUGGAGUUGUUAAUUUCUUCAAAGACGGUGACAUGAUUCCAGACUGGCCUGGUGACCUUGAAGUAAAGCCAAAAGAUGUAGCAUGGUGGAUGAAUGCUGCUGACUCUGCUAAAGCGUUUGGAAAUACAUGCUUCAUGAAACAAGACUACAAGAUGGCCCUUAGAAAAUAUCGAAAGGCUUUGCGGUACUUGGAUAUUUGUUGGGAUCAAGAAGAGAUUGAUGAAGAGAAGAGCUCCUUAUUGCGUAAGACAAAGUCUGUUAUCUUCACAAAUAGUUCGUUACAUAAUAUCUGGGGUACGCUGCUAUCUAAAAUUUUACCUGGCAGGACAUAUUGUAUCCUUCUGGUUAAUAUAGUAUGCAAAUUAAAGCUAGGAGAUUUCAAGGGUGCCCUGUUGGAUGCUGAAUUUGCAUUGCGAGAAAGGGACGGGUAUGGCAAAGCAUACUUUCGCCAGGGUCAGGCACAAAUAGCACUGAAUAAUGUGGAUGCUGCGGUAGAAAGUUUCAAAAAAGCACUAGAAUUGGAGCCAAAUGAUGGAAAAAUAAAGGAGGAACUUGCUGCUGCGAAGAAGAAGAUUGCUGAUAGGAGGGACCGAGAGCGAAAGGCUUAUGCCAAAAUGUUCGUAGCAGCAGCUAAACCAGGAUCAAAUAAUGAGGAAAAGCAUUGAUGAAUUUGAUUCAUCCAUAAAAUGUUUUCUUCACAUGAGGGUGUCAGUUUUUUGUUGCCAUAGAUUCAGGUUUUUGUAAUGAGGUCGAUAUACUGAAGAUAUGUUGUUGAUGAAAACAAAAAUUACAUUUCUUGAACCAUCUUUUGUGUUGGGAAACAUGCAGUAGAUAUAUUGCUAUGAAUGUGGUUUACUGUAUUUGGGUAGAGAUUUAGCUGCUGUUAUUUCAAAUAUUGAGUUAGAAGUGAGAACAUGCGCUGAACGUUCAUUAGUUUUGUGAAAUGGAUAGUUUGUUGAACAAUUAUCAUAUAUCUUUAACUUGUCAGCCUUUUUAGAUGUUAAAUAAAUUUCACUCUCUUUCUUAA